GGGCGGAAGAGACGAGGAAGCGGAAACAUCAGCAUUAUCUUCCACAUCACAACACACACACAUUCACACAGACGGUGAAAGAGAGAGAGUGACACACACACACACAGACACACGCACACUGGGCGACACACAAACUCCGGCAGUUGGAGAAGUGUCCUCGCUGCAGCAGAUUUGGAUGACCCCCCGCCCCCAUCCAGCAGGAGAAGGAGACCUCGCCGCCCCCCUGGACCCGCAGCCAUGCCGCCGCCCGCGGACAUCGUGAAGGUGGCCAUCGAGUGGCCGGGGGCCUUCCCUAAACUCAUGGAGAUAGACCAGAAAAAACCUCUGUCGGCCAUCAUUAAGGAAGUGUGUGAAGGGUGGUCGUUGGGGAACCAUGAAAACUUUGCUCUGCAGAUUGCCGACGCCACCAAUUUCUACAUCACCGAGAAGAACCGCAACGACAUCAAGAACGGCUCCAUCCUGCGCUUGACCACCUCCCCCUACCAGACGGCGGUGCAGCUGCACGAGCGCAUCCAGUCGUCCAGCAUGGACGCUAAGCUGGAGGCUCUGAAGGACCUGGCCAGCGCCUCGCGGGACAUCACCUUCGCCAUGGAGUUCAUCAACCUGGACGGCAUCUCCUUGCUGACGCAGAUGGUGGAGAGCGGCACGGAGCGCUAUCAGAAACUCCAGAAGAUAAUGAAGCCCUGUUUCGGCGACCUGCUCUCCUUCACGCUCACGGCCUUCGUGGAGCUGAUGGACCACGGCAUCGUCUCCUGGGAUACUUUCUCCGUGGCCUUCAUCAAGAAGAUCGCCAGCUACGUGAAGUCGGCGAUGGACACGGCGGUGCUGCAGCGCUCGCUGGCCAUCCUGGAGUCCAUGGUGCUCAACAGCCAGGACCUUUACCACAAGGUGGCGCAGGAGAUCACCAUAGGACAGCUCAUACCGCAUCUCCAGGGGACGGACCAGGACAUCCAGACGUACACCAUCGCCGUCAUCAACGCCCUCUUUCUCAAAGCCCCCGAGGAGAGGAGACAAGAGAUGGCCCACAUCUUGGCCCAGAAACAACUCCGCUCCAUCAUUCUCAGUAACGUGAUCCGGAGCCCCACGCCCAUCAACGACGAGAUGGCCCACCAGCUGUACGUGCUGCAAGUGUUGACCUUUAACUUGCUGGAGGACCGCAUGAUGACCAAGAUGGACCCCCAGGACCAGGCUCAGCGGGACAUCAUCUUUGAGCUGAGGAGGAUCGCCUUCGACGUGGAGUGCGAGCCCAACCACAGCGGCGGCACGGAGAAACGCAAGUCCAUGUACACGCGCGACUACAAGAAGCUGGGCUUCAUCAACCACGUCAACCCGGCUGUGGAUUUCACCCAGAUUCCUCCUGGAAUGUUGGCGCUGGACAACAUGCUCUACUUCGCCAGGCACCACCAGGACGCCUACGUCAGGAUCGUUCUGGAGAACAGCAGCCGGGAAGACAAGCACGAGUGUCCGUUUGGCCGCAGCAGCAUCGAACUCACAAAGAUGCUCUGUGAGAUCCUCAAAGUGGGCGAGCUGCCCGGUGAAAACUGCCACGACUUCCACCCCAUGUUCUUCACGCACGACCGCUCCUUCGAGGAGUUCUUCUGCAUCUGCAUCCAGCUCCUCAACAAGACCUGGAAGGAGAUGAGGGCCACCAGCGAGGACUUCAACAAGGUCAUGCAGGUGGUGAGGGAGCAGAUCAUGCGAGCGCUCACUCUCAAGCCUAAUUCCCUGGACCAUUUCAAGAGUCGCCUGCAGAACCUGAGCUACACCGAGAUCCUCAAGAUACGCCAGUCGGAGAGAAUGAAUCAGGAGGACUUCCAGUCCCGCCCCAUCCUGGAGCUGAGGGAGAAGAUCCAGCCAGAGAUCAUGGAGUUGAUCAAACAACAGAGGCUCAACAGAUUAUGUGAAGGAACCUGCUUCCGCAAGAUCAGCAGUCGCAGGAGGCAAGACAAGUUCUGGUACUGCCGGCUGUCUCCCAACCACAAAGUCCUGCACUACGGAGACCUGGAGGAGAGCCCCCAGGGGGAGGUGCCCCACGACUCCCUGCAGGACAAACUGCCGGUGGCGGACAUCAAGGCUGUCAUCACGGGCAAAGACUGUCCUCACAUGAAGGAGAAGGGCGCCCUCAAGCAGAACAAGGAGGUGCUGGAGCUGGCCUUCUCCAUCCUCUACGAGUCGGAUGAAUAUUUAAACUUUAUCGCUCCGGACAAGCAUGAGUACUGCGUGUGGACGGACGGUCUGAACGCCCUGCUGGGCAAGGAGAUGACCAGCAACGACACCAAAUCCGACAUGGACACACUGCUCUCCAUGGAGAUGAAGCUCCGCCUCUUGGACCUGGAGAACAUCCAGAUCCCGGAGGCCCCGCCCCCCAUUCCCAAAGAGCCUAGUAACUAUGACUUUGUUUACGAUUGUAACUAGGCCCCGCCCCCUCCAAAUCACCUGUGCUGUUCUCACUGGACCCCCCCACCACCACCCCCCACACCCCCACAACUGGAUCGAAACUGUCCAAGAUGGUUUGAUGAACUGUGAUGCCACCAAACAAUACAAGAGCUGGUUACCAUGGCGACGACUAACCAGCACGCGAUUCCUUCUUCCUCGUUCGCUUUCUUAUGAUUUGUCCUCAGGGCUUUCAGUGGAGGGAGGGGAUGGGGGCGGCCAUCUUUGUUCGGUCCUCACUGCUAUUGCUAUUUCCUGUCACAUGACACACAAACACAGAUUUUCACAGUAUUUGUGGCAGCUAAAUGUUACCCGUCACACGGCUGAAGUACUUUUUUCAACGUAAACUCCCCGACACGUGAUUUUUUUUCCUGUCCGCUGACGACUGUUACCACUUUUUUGUCGUCCCGCCUGCCUUCCUUCCUUCCUUCCCUCUUUUUAACGACUGCUGUACUCGACAUUCCUGAGCAAUAUUUCCUUUCUAUCAUGUGGCGAUUCCUUUCGGAUUGUGGAGCUGUUACAAUGACGUGUUCUUCUCACGCAAAGGGAAGCUUUCCAAUUUGAAAGUUGAUGUAUUUUAGUAAUUUAAAAACAGAUCACGGUUAUUUCUAGUAUCAUUUUUUUUAUAUAUCUAUAUACAGUAUUUACACGCUGCCCCCGUCCCCCCCUUUGCCUUCCUAUUUAAAACAUGUUUUGUCUUUUUUGUUCUCCAAAGCCCCACAAAAACUGCUGUUUACAUUAAAGGUUGAAAGACUAAA